AUGGCGUAUUUAUCGAAGGUGUUGUUGCUGAACCAAGAAAGAGUGAACAGUAUGGAGUCUAAGACGCUAAAAACACGCACGAAGGUAAACACAGUUCGGGGUAGACCCGCGGUCCGCGAACUUUAUGAGAGAUCAAUUUACGAGCGAACUCAUGAUUAUGAGUGAACGUUCUCACUAUCGAGGGUUAUGCAAUAUCAAAUCAGCUAUUUACUGUUAAGCUACGUAGACUUUAUCGUGUAUUUAGACGUGAUCGAGAACCCAGUAGAAUACCAGUGCGAACCCUGAAAUGUCUGAGGAACAAGAGCAGAAAACUUAUGGAAUUUGUUUACAAGCGUAUUCUUCCAAGUAUACCAAAGUCUUCCAAGCUGCAAUGUUACACUCAUGUGAAGGUCAGAAAAUUUUCAAAAAUUGAAAAACAUAAAUGUAAGCGUAGUACAAAGAUAAUAAACUUAAAUAAAAUCACACAGCAUGAAACGGUUUUGCUGAAUUGUUCCAGGAGGGUUUAUCAAAGGAUAAUUAAGUGGAAAUACAAAGCUAGAGAGUAUUUGUUAUUGUUUCCUUGUAGGAGAGUUAUGUGUCUUUAUAAGACCGAGACCAACAUAUCUAAUUAUUGUAAGAUUAAGUUGACGACAGAUAUGGAAAAGAAUCCUGGUCCAAUUUCGUUGUACAUUGACACAAAAUAUUUUACCGAGUGCGUAUUAUAG